CGAGCUUGAGGCCCUGACAGCCGCAAAGCAGGGCUGUCGCCACCGUCAGCUAUAAUGAACUCCUACGUGUGAAUUUUCGUUUUCUAUAUUCGAUUCGAUGGUGCACCAGAACACACAGCCACAUCCACAUAGCACCACACUGAAAGAAAGACAACCCAGAAACCCAACCCGACACCGAAACUGAAUAGACGCAAAGACCGAACCAACGAGACCCUUUCCACAAACAAGUCCAAAAUGGCCAAAAUGUACGGAAAGGGUAAGACGGCGAUCGAGUCGGAGGAGCAGCAAAAGCGGCGAUGGCAGAUUGAGCUAGAGUUCGUGCAGUGCCUGUCCAACCCAAACUAUCUUAACUUCCUUGCCCAACGUGGAUUCUUCAAGGACCAGUCGUUCAUCAACUACCUGAAGUAUCUGCAGUACUGGAAGGAGCCGGACUAUGCCAAAUACCUCAUGUACCCAAUGUGCCUCUACUUCCUCGACUUGCUGCAGUACGAACAUUUUCGGCGCGAGAUAGUCAAUUCGCAGUGCUGCAAAUUCAUAGAUGAUCAGGCCAUUUUGCAAUGGCAACACUACACUCGGAAACGGAUCAAGCUCAUCGAGAAUGUGAAUGCCGCCCAGCAGCAGCAACUGCAACAACAGCAGCAAGCAAACGGCGGCGAGGCAGCAACGGGAGGCGAAGCGCCAGCUGCAACUCCCAAUGGGAAUGGAGCAGCUGCCACAACCGAUGGCAGCCAACAGGCAUCGACCACCGCUUCUCAGGCUGUUCAGGGUCAAACAGGGAAUCCCCAGCAGCAGCAGCAACAAAUCAAUGGUUUGGCCUCAGGGGCCAACAUCAAACUUGAAUUAAACUAGCUUCCAGCAAAAAAAAAAAAA